AUGUCGGGAACUAACAGCAUAACACCUCCAUCGGGAGUUGUACGGAAUAGCGCCCUGUCUUUUGUUGCGACUGCGCAACCUCCGAUGAAUUUACCUGAUCAGCCAGGGAUCGUACAAGAUUCGGAAUCAAGAGAGAGAUUGGUGCCAGCAGGACUUAAGGCAUUGUGCAAUGCAUAUUCACGGUUAUACCCCGACCAGCCUAACCCAUUGCAAGUUACCACUAGACUUAAGUAUUGGUUAGGAGGUCAAGACCCUCUUGACUACAUCAGCAUGUAUUGGAACCCUGGAAAGCCUGAGGAGCAUAUACCACCGCAUUGGCACUACGUAAGCUUCGGUUUAUCGGACCUGCACGGGGACGGGCGGGUUCACGCGGUGGGCGCGAACGAGUCUGGGCUCGGGUUAGAGCUGUCGUUGCGACUGGCAGCCAAUGUACCGGGGCCAUCUGGUACAUCCGGUGCACUCGGUGCUGUGAAUCCGGGGUCGUCGAUCGCAGCGCCGCCGCUGUGGCCCGCUGCGUUGCUGCAGGCUCUCGCGCGGUACCUCCUCAUCACAGGCAACAAAUUCUGUGCGGGUGACCACAUCUCAUGGCACGCGCCAUUGGAUGGUGACAGUGGGUCUCGGGUGCGACACCUGCUGGUGGUAGAGGACCCGCAGCUGCCCACCAUACACACUCCCCAUGGCACCGUCCACUUUGUUCAGAUGGUGGGUUGUACCAGUAGAGAGUUAAAGGCAGCUCAAAGGGGCUCUGGCUUUGAGGUGCUUAAGCUUAUCGCUGAAGAUCCGAGAUGCGGGGGAGCGUGGUGGGUGACGCGCGCGGGGCGGCGGCGCAGUGCGCGCGGGGUGCUGCGGCCACGGCGCGCGGCCUCGGGACCCGCCGCGCCAGCCGCCCCCCUAGCCGGAGUCUCAGCGAAGCUGCGGUGGCUGCCGCUCACACCGGACAGCGAGGAGCUGACCGCAUCACCCGGGAAUCUCAGUCCGAGUGUUGAGCAGCAGAUCAAGGACACUUUACAACGGGGACUCAGCUGCAUGGGGUCCAGCACGGAGAGGACAGACCCUGAAGGUCACAUGUCGACAGACAGCUUCGAGAUGUCGAGCAUGGAGCGAGCACUGCCGCACAUCCCGGACUUAAUGCAGGGCUCAUGGUGUAGCGAUGAUACGAUAGAGUACUUGGAUGGAGUUCAUCUUAUACUCAAUGCUGAGGGAGCGAGCUUGCUGCCAUUGGCUAUUGACGGGCGCCUGGCUCACGGGCGGCACUUCACGUGGCGCGGGGCGGGCGCGGCCGCCACGCUCGUGCCGUGCGGCGUGCCCGCCGCUCUGCCCAGCCUCGCGCGGCCCUACGUGCAGCGUGGAGCCUGGUUACAGGUACAUUGUAUACUGUGCUGUACUGGAACACGACGCGUGUUCCUUGCAGCGAGCGCUCAGCUCACGUGCCCGCCGCCCUGCCCAGCCUCGCGCGGCCCUACGUGCAGCGUGGAGCCUGGCUGCAGGUACAUUGUAUACUGUGCUGUACUGGAACACGACGCGUGUUCCUUGCAGCGAGCGCUCAGCUCACGUGCCCGCCGCCCUGCCCAGCCUCGCGCGGCCCUACGUGCAGCGUGGAGCCUGGUUACAGGUACAUUGUAUACUGUGCUGUACUGGAACACGACGCGUGUUCCUUGCAGCGAGCGCUCAGCUCACGUGCCCGCCGCCCUGCCCAGCCUCGCGCGGCCCUACGUGCAGCGUGGAGCCUGGCUACAGGUACAUUGUAUACUGUGCUGUACUGGAACACGACGCGUGUUCCUUGCAGCGAGCGCUCAGCUCACGUGCCCGCCGCCCUGCCCAGCCUCGCGCGGCCCUACGUGCAGCGUGGAGCCUGGUUACAGGUACAUUGUAUACUGUGCUGUACUGGAACACGACGCGUGUUCCUUGCAGCGAGCGCUCAGCUUACGUGGUCGCCGCCCUGCCCAGCCUCGCGCGGCCCUACGCGCAGCGGGGAGCCUGGUUACAGGUACAUUGUAUACUGUGCUGUACUGGAACACGACGCGUGUUCCUUGCAGCGAGCGCUCAGCUCACGUGGCCGCCGCCCUGCCCAGCCUCGCGCGGCCCUACGCGCAGUGGGGAGCCUGGCUGCAGGUACAUUGUAUACUGUGCUGUACUGGAACACGACGCGUGUUCCUUGCAGCGAGCGCUCAGCUCACGUGGCCGCCGCCCUGCCCAGCCUCGCGCGGCCCUACGCGCAGUGGGGAGCCUGGCUGCAGGUACAUUGUAUACCGUGCUGUACUGGAACACGACGCGUGUUCCUUGCAGCGAGCGCUCAGCUCACGUGGCCGCCGCCCUGCCCAGCCUCGCGCGGCCCUACGCGCAGUGGGGAGCCUGGCUGCAGGUACAUUGUAUACUGUGCUGUACUGGAACACGACGCGUGUUCCUUGCAGCGAGCGCUCAGCUCACGUGGCCGCCGCCCUGCCCAGCCUCGCGCGGCCCUACGCGCAGUGGGGAGCCUGGCUGCAGGUACAUUGUAUACUGUGCUGUACUGGAACACGACGCGUGUUCCUUGCAGCGAGCGCUCAGCUCACGUGGCCGCCGCCCUGCCCAGCCUCGCGCGGCCCUACGCGCAGUGGGGAGCCUGGCUGCAGGUACAUUGUAUACUGUGCUGUACUAGAACACGACGCGUGUUCCUUGCAGCGAGCGCUCAGCUCACGUGGCCGCCGCCCUGCCCAGCCUCGCGUGGCCCUACGCGCAGUGGGGAGCCUGGCUGCAGGUACAUUGUAUACUGUGCUGUACUGGAACACGACGCGUGUUCCUUGCAGCGAGCGCUCAGCUCACGUGGCCGCCGCCCUGCCCAGCCUCUCGCGGCCCUACGCGCAGUGGGGAGCCUGGCUGCAGGUGCUGAUACCCGAGCAGCUGGCGCGCGAGAUGUCGCCACAAGUCGCGCCGCUGGCCUCCCUGGCGCCAGUUGACUCGGAGUCCGACGCGGAGUCCGAGAGCGAGGGUGAACCGCAGCCUCCGAAGCUUCCCCUCGCGCUGCACUGGCCCCGCUACCGUCUCAAGAUCACCGUGUUGCCGGAUCACGAGCUCUUCUAG